AUGCCGCUAGCGAUAAGAUUAGCGGCUCUGUUAUUGUUUUUCGCCAUUGUUGCAGCCGAAAAUCCUUACAGAUUUUUCACUUGGAAUGUCACUUACGGUACUAUUUAUCCUCUUGACGUCCCCCAACAGGGUAUUUUGAUAAAUGGGCAAUUUCCUGGUCCUGAUAUUUACUCGGUCACCAAUGAUAAUAUCAUCGUUAAUGUGUUCAACAGCCUCGAUGAACCUUUCCUCAUUCAUUGGAAAUGGACAAAAGCAAUUGGGACCUUUCUAACAUAUUCUAGUGGGGAAAUUGUGAAAAUUCAGUUUAAGGAAAUGGACAAACCCAAAUGGGACAUAGGUAGACAUGGCCAGUCAACGAGUUCGGGCCCAGGACGACGGUCCUCAAAACACUGGCCCGUGACUGAACCGGAAAGUUCUUACGGCCGGUUCAUCGGACCGCGCUUGAGGUCAAUUCUGGACGGGGGCAACAAACUACCUUUCCCGGACGGCAUUCUAAUCAACGGCCGCGGCCCGAAUGUCACCUCAUUCACAGUCCAACAAGGAAAAACCUAUAGGUUUCGCGUGUGCAAUGUGGGUUUGCAAAACUCGCUCAACUUCCGCAUUCAGAGCCACAAAAUGAAGGUGGUUGAGGUGGAAGGCACGCACACCGUCCAGGUCAGCUACUCGUCACUCGACAUUCACUUGGGCCAGUGCAUGUCCGUCCUUGUCACGGCCGAUCAGCAGCCCAAGGACUAUGUCUUCCUCGUCUCAUCCCGUUUCACCAAUCCGGUCCUAACGACAAGGGGUUUCCUCCGUUAUGCCGGCUCAAACGGGCCUUCGUCCGAUCCUCUGCCCGGUGGGCCCACCACCCAAAUCGAUUGGUCCCUCAAUCAGGCCCGUUCCAUUAGAACUUUCAUCGAGAUCGUGUUUGAGAAUCCGGAGGAUAUUGUGCAGAGCUACCACCUCAGUGGAUAUUCCUUCUUUGUUGUAGGGUGA